AUGAACCUAGGAGCACAUGAAAUGGAGGAAGGUUUAUCAUCCAGUGUUUCAACUCCAUCAGGAUCUUCCUUUUUGGAAUCUUACUCCAAGAAUCCGUAUUUUAAUGCUGGACUUGGAUUGGCUGGAAUUGGGUUUGCGGCGUCCUUUGGAAAGAAGCUUACAGUAAUAGGUAAUUACAAAUUAAUUUGCGCUUCCAUUUACAGGUAACGCGUUGUUCAGACGACGAUUUGUCACUUCUUUGACAUUAAACAAUGAGGAUGCGUAAGUGUGUAUUUGGAUUAAAACCUUCUUUUUUUAGGUCCUACCCGUGGGUGUUGGACUUUAUCAACAAGUACAGUAGACACAAGGCAAGGUCCAUAUCGGCUUCAUCCGUAAUCAGUCAAUCAGAAAGCGGAAAAGUAACCUCGACGUUUUUCCUUUUGCCAGGUUAUGGAACCCAUUACUUUACUUACAACUAUAGAUGGAUUCAAGUCGAAAGGAAUCGCGAAAAACAUCAGAUCCAAAGGAAUGGGAUUAGGACUGCUUUGGAGACGGUAACUCUGACCACAUUUGGAAAUCCUUUAAUCUGGAAAGAGUUUUUGGAAAAAGCAACGACGGAAGCGUUGGAGAAGGUAUCCAACUGCAUUAAUAUUUCCACUUUAUUUUAAGGAGGAAACGGGAAUCGUCGUUUACAAUGCCGUUGGACCUGAAUGGCAUCGAAUGGGAAAUCCACGAAGAAAGAGGCCGGUUGAAUCAGUUAUUCUCGCAGAGAAUAUCAUGGAGAGAAUAAUUGAAGAUGUUAAAGAGUUUAUCGACAGUUCCGAAUGGUAAGGAGGAUGGGCAUUGGCAUGACAAUCCAUUUAGGUACAUUACUCGAGGAAUACCAUACAGACGAGGGUAUUUGUUACAUGGACCUCCAGGAACAGGAAAAAGCAGCCUUAUCUCAUCAUUGGCCGGUCAUUUUGGGUAUUCUAUUUGUAUUCUAUCAUUAAGCGAGAGGACGUUGGAUGAUGACAGGCUGUCUCAUCUUCUGAAUAACACCCCGCCAAAUUGUUUUAUUCUUUUGGAAGAUGUUGAUGCAGCUUUUGUAAAUCGCGAUGCAUUUGAUAAUUCAAAUCACAAAGCUUACGAAGGGAUGACUCGAGUUACUUUCUCUGGACUUCUAAAUGCUAUUGAUGGAGUUGCGAGUAGCGAGGAAAGGAUCUUGUUCAUGACUACUAAUUAUCGAGAUCGAUUGGACGAUGCUCUAGUUCGCCCCGGGAGAAUUGAUGUGCAAUAUAAACUGGAUAAUUGCAAUUCAAAAAUGUUAGAAGCGGUAUGUCUACGGGUUAAAAUUGAUGCCUAUUAUAUCGCCUGAAUUUUUAACCGUUGUUUUAGUUCUUCCGGAGAUUUUAUGAAGACGCUGAAGAAAAAUUAUGCGCUGAAUUUGUGAAGACGGUCAGGAAAUCCGGGACAUCUGUUUCACCCGCCUGGGUCCAAGGGUAUCUCUUGAUUCACAAAGACGAUCCUCAGCUCGCUGUUUCUCAACUCCAGGAAGAAUUAGGAAAAAUUAAAAAGUAG